UAUCCAAUCAGCGAGCUCGACACAAAAUCCUGCCUGGAAACUGCAAUGGCGUCAAAAUGGUGGAAUGUGAUAAACAAACCGUGAAACAAUAGCUAACUUAAAAAUGAGAAGAAACAACUGACAUAGGACCAUCAAGAUGUCGAUGACAAAAGUGGUGAGACUGGAAGAGGUGGAGCCGAGGGAAACCUUCAGCUCCCAGUACACACAGAGUAAAAGUGUUCUUCUUGCCAGCUCACAGUCACUGCAAGUGGCCAGCACUAGUGGCUCAGAUCAAGAUCCAAAUGAUCUGGAGUUAGUGGAAGCUGAAGAUAAAGUGUAUCCACUGCCGGAAAACUGGCCUAAUAUACAACAGCUGCUGCGGAGGAAGAGCUGUGAACUGGUGCACACCACCUCUCCGUGUGUAAAGAAGGCUGUUUCUCAUCUGGAACUCAUUCAAAAUAUUAUAGAGGAGUGGUUUAGGGAACGUGAAGAAGAGACCAAGAGUCGUGCAUCUGUCCAUGAAGUUGGAAGUAGAAAACAACUGAGGUUUGCAAGGUCCAAUGAAGAUGGUUCCAAAUUAUUUCUUAACAGUGCUAAAUCUCGCAGUUCUUUAACGUCUGUGCCGUCCUCUGCUGGGUCUCUUGCCAUCAGGGGUACGGGGGCUACCAAAGAUGAGGAGUAUGGAGGUCUCGACCUGCCGUUUCUUGGCGCAGAGGAAGUUGUGGAUGAAGUCAUUACCCUGCUAGCGAGACUGGAAAAUAAUCGUAUGGAAGUGAUCAAUAAACUGGGGCAAGAAAAGGAAAAAGUCAUACGACUAAAUGGAAAAAUAGACCGCCUCUGUCUCAAACGUAUGGUGGAAAUGCCUGCUGUCGUUCAAAAGGAACAUGAGGCGUGCAUCAUGGAUCUGAAUGAACUACAAUGGCAUGUAGCCUAUGCCACAAGGAAUGACAAACGCAUGCAAGAUCGGUGUAACAUAGCCGAGGUUCUCAACUCCAGACUCAUCGAGGACCUCGCCUUCGUCAAAAAACACAUACCACUGGUUGAAGAAAAGUUAGAAUUAGAAUUAGAGGCCAUGGCCAGAAUAACAAAUGCACAAACUGAGACUGUCACUGAACUGGACACCACCACACAAAGACAGGAGAAAACUGCAUCCAAGUCCUCCGAGGCUUUGCAGAAAGCUGAUACCGAGCGGUCACACAUCAAACGAGAACUGGACACGGUCAAGGAUGAACUGACCACCAUAAGUGAGGAGCUGUCGGAGGCUAAAAUGACCAACAAUGCUUAUACACAUCAAAUCAAUGACACCAAACAACAGCUCAAGGACAACGAGCAAGAGCUGACAGUGUUAGAGGUCAGAUAUGAGAAUGCCAAGGUUGCGGAGGAGAUGCAGGCGAAAAAGGUCAGUGAGUUGCUGAACAAAAUAGCAGAAGCAGAGUUUGAGCACGAGCGACUAGAAAAUGAGAACACGAGGCUUCUACAGGAGAUGAAUCAGAAGAAAAAUUCCAACAACCACAAGAUUGCAGAGCUUGAUACCAAGGUGAAGCUGCAUGACAGCAAAUUGAGAACUAUCCUUCUGAAGAAUCAAAAUGCUGAAAUGGAGGUACAAGAUUACCAUGACAAAAUCACAGAUUGCAAGCAACAAAAGGUGGCUGAUGAGAAGAAUGUGGCUCGUAUUCACAAAGAGAGGAUGAAACUCCAACAACAGAUGACUGUUACCAUGGAGGAGUACCACAAGGUCCAGCACAUCAACACCAGCAUCCGCGAUCAGCUAGAGAACGAACAGGAAAAGGCUUUCAAAUCUGAAGAGAGUCUCAAGGUGACGGUAGAGACACUCCGGAGACAGGUGAAGGACGAGGUACACUCCAGGACAGUUCUUGCCGCGCGCAUCAAUUCUGACUCCACAGAACUGCAACGAGCCAAGGGGGAGACAAGCACAAGGAGAGAAAAGGCGGCUAUGGUAGUAGAGGAUGAUGAUGAGAGUGACGAUGAAGAUCUGUCACACUCUGGCGGUUACCAGGCCAAAAAGGUAGCUACUGAAGUUGACACAUUGGUGGACGAGGUGUUGGUCAAGGUGAAGAAACUCCGCACAGCCAAAAAGGAAAAUAACGAGAAAAAGGAAAAUUUGACUUCACAACUAGAACAAACAAAGAAACAGCAUGAGGAGUCCCAGAAAGCAUUCAGGUCAAAGAUCGGUGGAAUAGAGCCCCAUCACGCUUACCUUAAAAAUGAGGUGCUUGCAUUAGACAAAAGACUAGACCACAUGUCUUGGAAAACCGAAUUGAUGAACAAGCAGAUGGAUGAUUGGGACAGGGAACAGCAUACCAUGGACAGGCUUGUCAGCAACACACAGAAGGCAAUCGCUGACUUUGAGGAGCGCUUGGAAGAGGUCAAUAUCCAAUUGAAAACCAGCAGGAAACUGGAUGAAGAUUUGAAAUUGGACCAUGAAAAUCUCUUAGCUCGAGUCCACGGUAAUGAUAAAAACCACAGGGACUUCAUGGAAGACCGGCAAAGAUUUUUGGAAGACUCAGAGGUUGACCGAUUACGUCGACUGGACCAGAACAAACAGCUAGCUUCUCAGUACAGACAGAUGCAGAAUAAGUUUAUUGUAAUGAAGGAUCUGUUACUGAACACUUAUGAGGAGCGGGUCAAGCUCGAGGAGGCCAUCAAGGACUGUAAACAGCUACAAGCUUUGCAGCAGAGGAUGCACGGAGCCAUGCUGGAGUAUUUCAAGUAUAGAGAACUAUACAACAAGUCGGAGCUGCGUCGUAUGCAGAGCGAGUCCCAGAUGAAUGGUAUUUGUGUGGCUGAUCUUCAGACUCAGAUGGAGGUUGCACUGAAAAGUAUCACAAGCUUCAUGGAGACACAGAUGGAUGGAAAAUCGGCCCGGCGUGUCGCUUGGGAUAUGAUCAAUAAACACCAGGAAAGAGAGGAGGAGAAUGAGAGAAGGAUAGGGAUUAAGUUACGAGGAGCCUCCCCCGUCAUUCCUCCCAUCCGCCAACAGCCUGUGCAGGUCUAGCUUUCCUGUGUCGAGGGAUCCCGGAGCUAUCUGACGACUUACUGCAUAUUUGAUAUAAUCUCUGCCCAUUUGCAGUUAUCAAAUAUUUUUUUCAAAAUUAUGUGAUUAGACACGUCUUUAUGAAAUUCAAAAUUUCUUGAGUUUGGAGCUAGUUUGUCACUUUUCGUUUGUAAGCAGAAGAAACAGAACAUUUACGAGCUUUGUUGGACAUCAUAACAGGGUGUGAGCUAUAUGUUACUUGUUGUGCAAGAAAAUUUACAAUCAAUACAAUGUUGUUUCAACACAGUCUGUGUCAAAUACCAGUGGGAGUGUCAGGUUUGUGUUUCUUCACCUUCCUGUUUGUAUAACAAGGAGAGGUCUGUGAGUCCGUCACGUCACCCCGUGUUGUCAGUAGGUACUUUGUGUCAGUACUUCACACACACAGUGGGUUUUAGUGGGAGACAUUGGAGUAUUAAUAUUGGUAAAAUUCUGCUGAUAACUUUUUGUAUCUACAUUCCAAUUUAGUGCUUUUCAAGACAUGUCCACAGUUUGCCCUGAUUGGUCAUUUGAGAAUGACCAUACAUUGUUUUAGGAUCGGACUAACAGUGUGAUAUUUCUGACAUGUGAUAAGAAAGGCAAUAUGUAUCCGUCCACAUAUAUAUCCAGUAUUAAACUUGAGCAUUUGUCAUAAUUUAUUCUUCUAAUAGUGGGCUACUUUUUGUAGUGAUUAUCUAUAUUUUUUCUUGAAAUCAACUUGAGCGAUAUGUGCCUUUGUGAAUGAGUAAUAAUAUUAAAAUUAAUUAAUUUUUCAUAAAUAUAACAAUCCAGCAUUCAACAUAUAAGCAUUGAAUUAAGAAGUGGGAAAAAGACCAGCACGUGAUUGUAGACCUGGAUUCAGUGUCACUUGUAUUUAAGUGGAUGUAAGUUAAUAUCACUUGGUGGUAUGUGUCUGUCUGCUAAUGUUCGGAAACUUUUAUUGUCUUUCAACAGAUAAUACAUUAUGUCUUAGGAAGAUAAAACUGAAUAUCAUUCCACCUUGAAAUUUACUCUUCAGUAAUAUUUUGUGAAAACUGUGAUAAAACAUAUCUUUUUGUUAAUUUUAAAUUUCAUUGAAAUUU